AUGAGACUAGACGAGUCACAGAUGGAGGAGGCCGCACAGCGGUGUGUGUUGCUACUGCUGCGGUGGACGAUCCGGGCGCUACAGUUGGCCGUGCCCCUCGUGCAGCGGUUCAGCAGUGCACACCCAACACUGUUCCUGUACUUGGCACUGUUUGCCAUGGUUUACACAUCUGCUGUCGUGUUGCGGAACGUACUCGGGCUCGUACGUCGUACGAUGUGGUUACUGUUCGCGGUCGUCUGCGCAGCGGUGUACCUCCGCGGUGCAGAGCAGUUCCUCGUCGUGGACCUCCCGGAACAACUCGAACAGGCGUGGAGGGCCGUGCAGUGGAUCUACGGUCCAGCAACAUCGCAGACGCCGAGGACAGCUGCUCAUAACUGA